AUGACGCUCGGCCCGUUUGAGCUGCCCGCGGCGGCGGACUUUCACGUCCACCUCCGCGACGGAGCCAUGUCCUCGGCCGUCGUGCCAACCAUCCGCCGCGGCGGCGUCAACACGGCCUACGUGAUGCCCAACCUGGUCCCGCCCGUCACUACCGUCGCACAGGCCCUCGAGUACAAGGCACGCCUCGAGGCCAUCGACCCCUCGGUCAACUACCUCAUGACCCUGUACCUGCACGAGUCCAUCACUCCCGAGGUCGUCCGCGAGGCCAAGCGCGCCGGCAUCUCGGGCAUCAAGAGCUACCCCGCCGGCGUCACCACCAACUCCUCGUCCGGCGUGCUGUCCUACGAGCCCUUCUACCCUGUUUUUGCUGCCAUGGAGGAGUGUGGCCUGGUCCUUAACCUGCACGGCGAGAUUCCCAGCGACCAAAAGCAGGGCAUCACGAUCCUGAACGCUGAGAGCAAGUUCCUGCCCACGCUCAAGAGCCUGCACACCAAGUUUCCCAAGCUGCGCAUCGUCCUGGAGCACUGCUCCACCAAGGACGCCGUCGAGGCCGUCAAGGCUUGCGGCGAUACCGUGGUUGGCACUUUGACGUGCCAUCACCUGUUCCUGACUGUUGACGACUGGGCCGGCGAAGUGUUUUCCUUCUGCAAGCCAGUUGCCAAGACCCCCGAGGACCGCACCGCCCUCCUUCAGGCUCUUGUGAGCAGCAAGGGCAAGUUCUUCCUCGGAACCGACAGCGCACCCCACGACAUCAGCGCCAAGAAGGGUGCCGGCAAGACGGCCGCCGGUGUCUUCACGCAGCCAUACGCCUGCCAACUCGUCCUAACGGCGCUUGAAGAGGCCAUUGCGCGAGGCGAGGUGCGCGAGGAGCAGGUCACCCAGGAACUGCUCGAGGGCUUCUUCAGCGGCUUCGGGCGGAAGUUCUACGGUGUCGAGGACAAGUCUGGGGAGAGAAUCCGCCUGUCGAAAGCUCAGGAGGUGGUUUGCGGCAACAUCAAGGGCGACGGCGUCGAGGUGGUUCCCUUCAGGAGCGGGCAGCAGACCUGGACCGUUGAGUGGAUCUGA